GCCCAGCACCCGGGGCGGCCCCGGGACUAAAACGGCCUCGACCGGCGGAACUCGCGCUGCCGCCGCCCGGACCGGAGCGCGCCCGACGCGAUGGCCGACGAGCUCCGUGACCUGCUGCGGGAGUUUGAUGAGGUGAUGGAGGACUUUGACAGGGGCCCCACGCGUCAGUACGAGCAGCAUCUGGAGGAGCUGAAGAGGAAAGCAGGGACCAGGGUGUACGACAGCGGCAUCGAUGAGCUGCAGAGUACCAGCACGUCCCCAGGAAGCAGCCUCAACUGCAGUGAGGAGGACCUUAACACCCCGGCCAGUGCUUACCCCUCCAAAGCAAAGCUUGGUGACACGCAGGAGCUGGAGGAGUUCAUUGCAGACCUGGAUAAAGUGCUGGAAGAGAUGUGAGAUGUGGUUUCGGUGGUGACUUUGGAGACGAGAACCUGCAGCAGAUGAGCCCCGUGUAUUCCUGAUACACCCUCUGCUUCUGCGCCCCUACUGCCCCACUGCCUGCAGGGUGACCCCCUGUGCCAGCCACCACAGACUGCCCCAGCUAUGGGGACCCUGCUCCACUGCUUCAGGACUCUG